AUGUAUAAGAUUCAAAAUGAUCAAUGGACCAGUAAAUGGAUCAAGAUAUUCCCUACUUUGGUCUUUCAUUUCGAGAUUAAUUUGGAGGAUGGUCCUGCAAAAUCUUUGAAACCCAGGAUUGAGAAAUUGGGAGCGCGAGUCGAUCAGUUCUUCUCCCAAAAAAUUACCCAUCUGAUUGUCCGAUCUAGCGGUACACCACAGAAACCAAAGCCCUUAUCUGUGAUCAACAAGAACAUUCCACGUCAUUCACCUCAUAACCCUUUCAAUGAUCACAUGGGAGUGACGGAUCUGGUACAAAAAGCAGAGGCUAUGAACAUCAAGGUGUGGUCUAUCAAGAAACUCACUGAAAUGCUUGACACUCUCGCACCUGUUGUCACCACCACCAAAGACUCUCUCUCCACCCUUCUUCAAGAAGAAAAGCUGUACGGAACUCGUGAACGUGAUUUGACCGCGCCUCGGCCGGACUAUUAUUACUUCAAACCUGGUUCCAAAUACGUAUUGAUAGAAGAUGCCACUGGUCGACAUCGUACUAUCAUGAUGAGAGAAUUUCCUUUUACUCGACCCACCGACUCUUUAAAUUACCCUGUUCUAUUCGAAUCCUUUCUUCGUCCCGGUCCACAGACAGACUUGCCCGCUCCUGUCGAUCAACUGAAAAAUCGUGCGUUGGCCUUAUACGUCGAUGGUCGUUCUUUUAAUGGUGAACAACCACCCACUCAACAUAAUCUAAGACGUGCAACCUCUUUACAACAAUUUCAAGGUACUCCUAAACUCCCUAGUGCAGGACAACAACCAUACAUCAACGCUUCUGGAAAUUCAGUGGUACUCACUUCCAACAUUACCUCCACUUCUACAGCUGCUCAUUCUCCAAUGUAUCAAGAAGGAAGAUUGUCGCUAGUCGGACCAGUGAAGAAAAUGGUACCACUGAGUAAAAGAGUUCAAGUCUUGGUAGGUAAUGCGAGAAUAGCAGCUGCAAAAGGUUUUUCUUCCGGUACAACCAUGAUCGAUUUGAAUGAUGAGGUUUCAGCAGUAGGAACCAGGAGAGCUUCUAUGAGUCAAACUGUGUCUUCUUCAAAUAUGGCAACUCAAAAGACUUUUUUGACUCAAGAACAAUUGUUGAGAAUGUUACGACAAGCUAGAGGUCCUGCGCAGGACGAUCCAUCGGUGACAAAGUCUAUGAGAGAGUCGAAUAGACGAAAGGUAGAAGCUGGUUUCAAAGCUAGGUCACAGGAGACUUCAUCAGGUUAUUGUGAAAAUUGUCGAUUGAAAUUUACUGAUUUGUCUGUUCACGUAACAACUAAAAAACAUCGGAAAUACGCAAUGAACCCAAUGAACUUUAUCUCUCUCGAUCGUCUCCUUUCUACCCUUCAAAGACCACCACAUUUCAGCCCUGCAAGCGAACAGAACCCUUUCGGACCAUGUCACGAGUCUCAUUCGUAUGACUCCGACUGUCGGGCAUGCACUCAGACCUCCGAGGACUACAAACGCUACCGUCAAAAAGAAGGGUUGAUGGGGGAAAUGGAGUCAGAGUCAGAAUGGGAUUCGGAAGGUGAUUCUGAGUGA